AUUGUCGACAUAACUCACGCAAUCGCAUUAGGGGGUCGACCGUUUAAGUAUUCACACAUUAUUUGUUUCAGUGUGGUUCAUGUCUAUGCUAUUUCUUAACCGGUUCGUACAUGUCCUGCUGUUCGCACUGCUUUUAGAGUUUAUUUCGAAAUUUACGCCUAUUUCAAGAUACCACAGUGGAUUUGAUUCAAAAUACUAUUGGGAAAAACGCAAGAAACCUCCACUUGUAACGGCUUUUUCAAAUUCAAAGUUUGAGUUCUCAUUCAAGCAAGCAAGCAGGUCACUAUUAAAACCAAUAAAUUGAAUUUUAAUGUUUAAUUUUAAUCAUAAAUUAUUGCAUAUAAUCAUUAUCAGGAUAAAAAAGUUUUUUUUGAACAAAAAUCGAAUCGGUUGGCCAUGCCCAAAUCGGGUACGAGCCAGAAUUGGUUGCGACCGAACUCAAACAUGGCUGAAAGGCCCUCAUUACACCUAUAAAGAGGAGAACGGGCCACACUGGCAAAGCCGGCUCCAAAUGUACUAAAAUUGCCCUACCGCUUUGACAUUCUUUUAAAAUACGUGUCCAAAUUCGAGCUGAAAAUGGGAACGAAUUUUGUUAUUUACCUGGCUUUGGGAGCCCUCCUGUGUUUAUCCAAAGUGCAGGCGGAGAUCGUCAACUUAAAUGUGGAAAGAAGCCUGGACCUAACCUCCCAGCUCGUGCGAGCCACCACAAAAAUUUCGACCGAAGACACAGCCGGCAAGCCGAUUUCCGAGUACGUGUUUUUCGUUGACGAGCCAAGUCUCGCCUACAUUUCGGUAAAAGAUAAUGCCGACAAGAAUGUCCAGAUCCGAAAGAACGAGCUGGCAAAGGGCGAAGAAAGCUACACCCUCACCUUCCCGAAGGCCGCGGCCAAGCAAACCUUUGUGGUGGAGACUGUCUCCUCGAAGAACAUUCUGCCGCACCCCUUGGAGAUCCGACAGAAUGACAAACAGUUCGUGAAGUACAUUGGCCAUCUGCAUUUCUACUCUAAAUACAAGACCAACUCGCAGAAGACCAGUGCCAAGCUCAGCUCAUCUAACAUUCUGUCCCACACCCAAGUGAAGCCCUUCUCGGUGGCUUCCACCAAAAUCACUUUUGGUCCAUACGAAAAUGUAGAAGCAUUCAGCCUGGAACCCCUUGUGAUCCACUAUGAGAACUCGUCUCCUUUUGUGACGGUCAACUCCCUGGAGCGAACCCUGGAGAUUUCCCACUGGGGCAACAUUGCUGUUAAAGAGUCCAUCCAAAUGACCCACACCGGCGCUAAGCUGAAGGGAUCGUUCUCGAGGUACGAUUUCCAAAAGGAGGCUCGCUCCGGACAGUCUGCCCUGAAAUCGUACAAAACCUACUUGCCGGCGUCUGCUUCUGGUGUCUACUACCGGGAUACAAACGGCAACAUCUCUACCUCAAAUAUGAAUUCGGGACGUGACUUCAUUGAGCUUGAGCUGCGCCCGCGGUUUCCCCUUUUCGGCGGCUGGAAAACGCAGUACACUCUUGGUUAUAAUGUUCCAUCCUACGAGUACAUGUUCAGCGAUGGCAACAAGUACCAGCUAAAGAUGCAUUUAAUCGACCACAUUUACGACAACAUGGCGAUCGAUGAGGCCACCAUAAAGAUUAUUUUGCCCGAGGGCUCAAGUGAUAUCAAACUGUCGACGCCCUAUACCAUUAGCAGGCUGCCGAACGAGUUGGUGCACACUUAUCUGGACACUACAGGCCGUCCCGUGAUUUCUUUCUCCAAAUCGAAUUUGGUCGAAAGUCACAUUUCCGAUUUCACGCUCUACUACAGCUUCUCGAAAAUUUCCCUGCUGCAAGAACCGCUUCUGGUCAGCGGCUUCAUUUACAUUAUUUUUGUAUUCACAAUUGUGUUCUUACGAUUGGACUUUUCCAUCACCUCCCACUCGCAUAAGGAAUAAGUACAUUAUAAAGUUUUGUCAUAUAUACAUAGAUAUUCUCAUGUGAAAAUAAAUUCGAUAAUACCAGCUUA